CCCGGUCAAAGUUUUGGUGGUGCUUGUGUGGAGGUACACCAUGCGUGGUCCGUAUUAGAAAGAGCUCCCGUUAGUGUGGUCUCCACAUGCCAAAACAAAUAUUCGUCCCGCGAUGCAGCAGUGCUUUGGAGUCUCAACAUGACCCUAACAGAAAGAGCUUAACAAAAAAAACUAACUGGAAACCUGUUGGUGUAUUUACUGUUUGGUCUUCAAUUACUCUGCUGUCUUUUGCUUGAAGUAUGGAAAACAUCAUUGUUGCUCCCUUGGAACUUGAGGGCUUUACGGAGCAGGAGAUAAACGAAAGUGACGAUUUGCCUAGAGAUCAACUCUAUAUUACUGUCUCAAAAAACUCAUCUGAUUCAAUUGAAAAUAAUGUGCUUAACUUAAACAUAAAUUUGUUUUGUGACUAUAACUACAAAUUUAAUUUGAACGAAGAGUUAUUAAUGAAAAUUUACACUGAAAAUAUCACAAACACCAAUAAUAAGAACCUAUCUGUAUUUGAAUUGCGCAACUUGUUCCAUUUUAUAUUUUUGCAAACAAAAUUGUCAGAUUUUGAUUACUACAAUUUCUUAAAAAUGUUUAAAUUAAACAACUACCAUUUAUAUGCCGUUUAUCAAAAAAAAUUAGAUUCAGAGAAUCUAUUGCUACUACAGGUGAGAUACAAGGUUAAAAUCAAUACUUUUUCAAUAUCUAAAAUUUUAUGCUCAUUCUCGAUCCCCGAGCAGGAUGAAGACAAUGAUGAUGAACAGUAUAAUCUCACUGACCAUUUUGAGAAUUUAUUCAAAACAUAUGAGCGAAACAAGUCUCAAAAAGAUGAUUUGAAAUUUGAAAAUUUGAUUUUGAAUGAAGAAAUAGCCCAACUUAACAAACAGCUAAAUAAAAGUCUUAAUAUCUUUAAACAGAAACAACUCGAAUUAGAAUCUGCCUUGAUAUUAUUACUAAACUCCAAAAAAAAAUAUUAUCUUGAAAAUAUAAACAGCCAUAAAGAUGAUAUAAAUGAUAUUAAAAAUAAUUCAAUUAGCAAAUUAAUAAAUUUAAAACCCAAAACCGAUUUCAAUUACGAUUUCAAUAACUCCAACUUGGAUUUAAAUACACCAAUCGAACCAACUUUCAAAACUCCUUCUCCACAAAAAAAGAAAAACAAGAAACAAGCUUUAAAAGAAAAAAAAAUAGCCAAACCAAUUAAUAAACUGCGUAAAAAACAACCCAAAAAAGUAUCAAAAUCAAAAAUUGCUCAAUUCGCAAAUGAUGAUGAUAAAAAGCCAGCCAAAAUUUCUAAUCGAAAAAAAAGAAGGUCAAAACUAUCAGAAGAAUUAUCGAGUGUUCAAGGUAUUGAUAUUUCAAGCGAUUACAAUGAUAAUAACGAUAAUUUUAAUGAUGAGGGUUAUAUUGAUAUUGAUGAAGACUCUCAAAAUGGGAAAAGACAGGAAGAAGACAAUAAUCAUGAAGCAAAUGAUAAUGCUGAUGUCGAUAAUAACUAUGCACUUAUUGAUAACACUCCUGGAAAUCAAACUGAUACUCAAAGAGACAAUCAGGAAUAUGACCCCAAGACAAAUGAAAAUUCUGCUGAUUCUAGCGAUGACACAGAUUGCUGAAUUGCUUUAUAUUAUUCAAUGUUCCUAUAGAAAUAAAAAAGUGUAUUAUAAUGUACUACGAACCUAUUAUCUCUCUGUAAAUCAUAGUCUAAGGUUAUUGCUUGUCAAAGGUCCAUUUUCUUUUUUCUCCUUACCAUACACAUCUGUUUUCUCGCCCUUCUUACCAAUCACAGUAACAUUAGCCUUUUUAAGUGUCUGAAUAACAUCAUUUUUAUCAUUUUUCUUAAACUUCUUA